GUUGAAGCAAAACUCUGCAGGGCUGCGGCUCUCCAGGACCGACGUUCGCCACCCCUGGUCUAGAUGGAAGAAGAAGAGCCGCUACUGACUGGCAGCAUUAACCGGGACUCUGGUGAUUAUGGAUCUCAUGAUAAUGGUGAACAUUAUCAACAUGAAGAAUCACCAGGAUCAAGACGCCUGUCCUAUUCAGUGACUGACGAUUCUUACCCUGUGUACGAGGAUGCAGACCUCUAUAUCCAGCAGGCUGUUGUAUUUAUUGAAGAUGCAAUUCAGUAUCGAUCCAUCAAUCACAGGGUUGAUUCUGGGUCCUUACGGUUAUAUAGAUGGUAUUAUUCCAAAAUUUGCCAGUGGUAAGCAAGCAGAAAUGUAUGCUUUUUAUUUAAGAUUUUUUUUCUUUGCCAGCCAUGUGCCAUACAAAUGCAAAACAGUUACUACGGCAACACUGGAAUUGUGAAAAAUUGCUUCAUAGGUUUAUAUAAAAACAUGAUUGCAUUUUAGUUUAUUUGGUAUCAGUAUUCACACUCUGUAGUUGUGUCUAAAUCAUAGUAUAGGUGAGCCAAAUCCAUCAGUAACAAGACUCGGAGAGCCUUGCUUUCAGUCAUUACUCAAUUUUGACAAAAUGUAGGUACUUUGUUUUUCCUUUUCAUUGCAUACCGUAGUUAUUUCAAUCAGUGUUU